UUUUAUUUUUGAAGAAGAAGCCAGCGGAUGACAAUGAUAAUACGGAAAAAUAAAAAAGGCUCCAAAGACGUAAAGCCAGCUGAAAUUUCUUUAAAUCUCCGCAACUCUCUCACUUUUGUCAUUUGUGUUCCUUCAGCUCUGAGCUCAGAUCCUGGCCAUCCUUAAAGUCUCAACUUCCAAGUCAAGCUGGUGUUGACUGAUAAAGAUGGGGGAGGAGAAGUCUGGGAUUGCAAAGGAUGUCACUGAAUUAAUUGGUAAAACACCAUUGGUGUAUCUCAACCAUGUUGUAGAUGGCUGCGUAGCAAAAAUUGCUGCUAAGCUGGAGAUGAUGGAACCCUGCUCUAGUGUCAAAGACAGGAUCGGAUACAGUAUGAUUAAAGAUGCUGAGGAGAAAGGUCUCAUUAAGCCGGGUGAGAGUGUCCUGAUUGAACCUACGAGUGGCAAUACUGGCAUAGGAUUGGCAUUUAUGGCAGCUGCUAAGGGUUACAAACUAAUAAUCACCAUGCCUGCUUCAAUGAGUCUCGAAAGACGAACCAUUCUUCUAGGAUUUGGGGCUGAGCUUGUCCUCACAGAUCCAGCCAGAGGCAUGAAAGGGGCUGUUCAGAAGGCAGAAGAGAUUGUGGCAAAGACACCUAAUGCAUAUAUGCUGCAGCAAUUUGAAAACCAUGCCAACCCAAAGGUACACUAUGAAACUACUGGACCAGAAAUCUGGGAAGGCUCUGGUGGUAAAGCCGAUGCCUUUGUUUCUGGGAUAGGAACAGGAGGUACAAUAACAGGUGCUGGGAAGUACCUCAAAGAGCAAAACCCAAACAUCAAGCUAUAUGGUGUAGAACCAGUUGAAAGUGCUGUUUUGUCUGGAGGGAAACCCGGCCCUCACAAGAUUCAAGGAAUUGGUGCUGGCUUCAUCCCUGGAGUUUUAGAUGUCAACUUGAUUGACGAAGUUAUUCAAAUAUCAAGUGAAGAAGCUAUAGAAACUGCUAAGCAGCUUGCAUUGAAAGAAGGUUUGCUGGUGGGGAUAUCAUCCGGUGCUGCUGCUGCUGCUGCGAUUGAAAUUGCAAAGAGGCCAGAAAAUACUGGAAAGCUCAUUGUUGUGGUCUUCCCCAGCUUUGGAGAGCGUUAUCUAUCCUCUGUGUUGUUCGAAUCUGUAAAGCGGGAGGCUGAGAAUAUGGUUUUUGAGCCCUGAGAUGUUCUGUAGCUUCGAAAGGAACUGUACAAAUUUUAUGAUUUGCGAGGCAGAGAGUAUGAUUAUCAAGCUGCACCGUGUUUUCGCUUUGACUGCUUUUGCUUCUUGACAUGAGUCUCAAUAAAUGCUAUGAAGAAUAAUUUGCUGCCUUUUCUGUUUGUAAUAGAAUUUAAAAACAGUUUGUAUGGCUUACUAAUUCAAGAACCUUUACAUCCUUGUGAGAUUAUUCAA